CAGGUAAGAAAAUGUCACAUUUGAGCAUUUGUACCUGAAGUCAGCACGCUAAUUUCAGGCCACAUGGAUAUGUGCCAACUUUUGCAUUUCCUCUGUGUAUCCUGUGACCAUUCUAUCUGGGAACAUCCUUCAAAGAGUUCAUGCAUCUUACUGAGGACACCUGACCUUUUGAAGCUUCAUAAUUCACCUCUAGAUGCCACCAGUCUUUCCCAUGUUAACAGUUCUGACUAUGUUUUAUUAUAUAUGCCUUCGGCGCCGAGCCAGGACGGCAGCAAGAGGAGAAAUGAUGAACAGCCAUAGAACUAUAGAAUCAAACAGCCGGACUUCCCCUCUCAAUGCAGAGGUGGUCCAGUAUGCCAAAGAAGUAGUAGAUUUCAGCUCCCACUAUGGAAGUGAGAAUAGUAUGUCAUAUACCAUGUGGAAUCUGGCAGGUGUACCAAAUGUGUUUCCAAGUUCUGGUGACUUUACUCAAACAGCUGUGUUUCGAACUUAUGGAACAUGGUGGGAUCAGUGCCCUAGUGCCUCCUUGCCAUUCAAGAGGACACCACCCAAUUUUCAGAGCCAGGACUAUGUGGAGCUUACUUUUGAACAACAGGUAUAUCCUACAGCUGUUCAUGUUCUAGAAACCUAUCAUCCUGGAGCAGUCAUUAGAAUUCUGGCUUGUUCUGCAAAUCCCUAUUCCCCAAGUCCACCGGCUAAUGUCAGAUGGGAGAUUCUUUGGUCAGAGAGACCUACGAAGGUGAAUGCUUCUCAGGCUCGCCAGUUUAAGCCUUGUAUUAAGCAGAUAAACUUUCCCACAAAUCUUAUACGGCUGGAAGUAAAUAGUUCUCUUCUGGAUUAUUACACUGAAUUAGAUGCAGUUGUGCUACAUGGUAUGAAGGACAAGCCAGUGCUUUCUCUCAAGACCUCACUUAUUGACAUGAAUGAUCUAGAAGAUGAUGACUAUGAAGAAAAGGAUGACUGUGGAAUGGAGAAUCUUAACAAAAAAUUUAGCAGUGCUGUUCUCAGGGAAGGGCCAAACAAUGGAUAUUUUGAUAAACUACCUUAUGAGCUCAUUCAGCUGAUUCUGAGCCAUCUUACACUACCAGACCUUUGCAGAUUAGCCCAGACUUGCAAGCUACUGAACCAGCAUUGCUGUGAUCCUCUGCAAUACACUCACCUCAAUUUGCAACCUUAUUGGGCAAAAGUAAAUGAUACGUCUUUGGAAUUCCUACAGACUCGCUGCACUCUUGUCCAGUGGCUUAAUUUAUCUUGGACAGGAAAUCGGGGCUUCAUCUCUGUUUCAGGAUUUAGCAGGUUCCUGAAAGUUUGUGGAUCUGAAUUAGUGCGCCUAGAGUUGUCUUGCAGCCACUUCCUUAAUGAAACUUGCUUGGAAGUUAUUUCUGAGAUGUGUCCAAAUCUACAGGACUUAAAUCUUUCGUCGUGUGAUAAACUACCACCUCAAGCUUUCAACCACAUUGCUAAUUUAUGUGGCCUUAAACGACUUGUUCUCUAUCGCACUAAAGUAGAGCAAACAGCACUGCUCAGCAUUUUGAACUUCUGCUCAGAGCUUCAGCACCUCAGCCUGGGUAGUUGUGUAAUGAUCGAAGACUAUGAUGUGAUAGCUAGCAUGAUAGGAGCCAAGUGUAAGAAACUCCGGACCCUGGACCUAUGGCGAUGCAAGAAUAUUACUGAGAACGGGAUAGCAGAACUGGCUUCUGGCUGCCACCUUCUAGAGGAGCUGGACCUCGGCUGGUGCCCCACUUUGCAGAGCAGCACCGGGUGCUUCGCCAGACUUGCACACCAGCUUCCAAACUUGCAAAAACUCUUUCUCACAGCCAACAGGUCUGUGUGUGAUACAGACAUUGAAGAACUGGCAGGUAAUUGUACCAGAUUGCAGCAACUGGACAUAUUAGGAACAAGAAUGGUAAGUCCAGCAUCUUUAAGAAAACUCCUGGAAUCUUGUAAAGAUCUUUCCUUACUCGAUGUGUCCUUCUGCUCACAGAUUGAUAACAGAGCUGUACUAGAACUGAAUGCUAGCUUCCCAAAAGUGUUCAUAAAAAAGAGCUUUACACAGUGACUUAAUGUAUGUCUUAUAAUAAAAUUUGUGUGCUUUUUUAGGGCUUUAUUUUGGAGUUGGUUUUACUUUGUUGCUUUGUUUAGUUUUCGUAGUAGUAGGGAUUAAAACAUUUGUAGGUUUUAAAGAAAAAUGUCAAAUUGCCCAUUAAAUCAAAUACGGCUACAAGUGAGUGUUCUCACAAAAUACGGCCAGCAUUUUUCUUCAGUAGCUCAGUGGCUGAUCCUGUUUUUACUGUACAUUAAUCAGUGAUAACAUGCUUUAGACAGAAAUACAUUGUUUAAUAAAAGAAUGAUGUGAAGACAUUUUAACUUAUUUUUAAAGGAAUAGCGAGCAAUAUAUUAU